AUGUCAGAGAUCAGAGAAUUUCUGAGGCCUAAAACAGCUUUCCUAAUCCAAAAGUCAGCCGUCGGUUCUCAGCUGGCAGAAGGCAAGACUUAUUUUACAAGCCCCCUGCCCACAAAAAGCUGCCAUUCACUGAAGCUGAUGAAGAAAGAGAUAUACACCCACAGCGACUUAAGAGGAUUAGGGAUGGGGCAGAUUUUACAAUGGGACCUGUUCAAAUCAUCUGAUCGUUUGAGUUCUGGAUCAGAUUCACAGUUACUUCGUGGCGUUUGCUGCAUUAGGAGUUAUUUAGUUAUUUCUCUCUAUUUUAUUUUUUAAAAUAUAUCUGCGCUCAUGUGAAUCUCAAAUGAUAUGAUGGUGCAAGCAAAACAGAAGAGGAAAUUCUCACAUGUCAUGUUUCAUUCACAAACAACGAAACUUCCAACUCUGCUACGCAACCAAGAGAAAGAAAACAAGGGCUGAGAGACAGGGCACGAUAAAUAAAAAUAUAUGGACGUGGCUUUUUCACAUAGGCAGAACCGAUCUCACGUCAUUGUGUGCAACACUACUUGCUAGAAGAGAAGGCUAGGUUAUACAGUCAAAGCUCGGCUCCUGAACGCCUCCGUUACCGUACAUUUCGGCUCCCGAAUGCCAAAAACCUGGAAGUGUUCCGGUUUUUGAACAUUUUUCAGAAGCCGAACGUCCGACGCAGCUUCCGCUUGAGUGCAGGAAGAUCCUGCAGCCAAUCAGAAGCUGUGCCUCGGUUGUCAAACAUUUCGGAAGCUAAAUGGGCUUCCGAAAAGGAUUAAGUUCUGUUAAGUUGUGGGUGAAGAUAUCAGACAACACAGCAAUUCUUCACACAGCUCUUGUUUAUUCACAGGCCAGAACAGAACUGUACUGAAGGGUUCAGCCAGCCUGCUUCUAUAGAGCUCCACUAGAAUGCAACAGUAACCAUUUUCUGUAACUAUCCAAUCACUGAACGUCACUCUGGAUCCCUUAUUUGCAUAUGUGGACCUGAACUAUCUACAAUAUCCCCCUGCUGGCCCAGGGUGAGAACUUCAGUACAUAACAAGUUCAACAACGGAGGUUUGGCUGUACAGUGGUGCCUCGCAAGACGAAAUUAAUCCGUUCCGCGAGUCUCUUCGUCUUGCGGUUUUUUCGUCUUGCGAAGCACGGCUAUUAGCGGCUUAGCGGCUAUUAACGGCUUAGCAGCUAUUAACGGCUUAGCGGCUUUAAGAAAAAGGAAACAAACUCGCAAGAACUCACAAGACGUUUCGUCUUGCGAAGCAAGCCCAUAGGGAAAUUCGUCUUGCGGAACGACUCAAAAAACGGAAAACUCUUUCGUCUAGCGAGUUUUUCGUCUUGCGAGGCAUUCGUCUUGCGGGGCACCACUGUAUUUUGUUAUUUUAUGAGAGCCAUGCUUUUAGCCUGCCACUGGUGGUAUUCCAUCAGAAUCAUUUCCUAUCCUAGCCAGCACAUUCAUGCACAUCAUAAAAUGUGUCCCAGCAUGCUGUGGGCCAUUGCCUUGGUAAUAAGCUAUCCUUUUGUGAAGCAUGCUGGGAAAUUAUCCACAAAGCAUUCUGAGCCAACAAGCACGAUUGAUGAUGAAAGCAACCUCUUGCUGCACACAAGGAAUGCUGGGGUAUUAGCACUCUUGCUACUGAAAGGGCAGUACUUCAACCCCAGCAACAGCUGUGCCUCCAUAGCUCAUCCGGUGGGAAAACAGCACUGGUAAGUGGACUACAGCAACGUCCGUAUGAAUGCCAACCACUGUAGUUGGCCUUCUAGGUUGGAUCCUAGGCUGAGGCUGAAAUCUCAACACAUAGUACCUGGGAGUAGGUUCUGUGGAAUUCAACAGGAUUAAAGUUUGCAUAGACACGGUGAGGACUGCAUGGUUCAUUGCUAAUAAGUCCCACUGAUUUCAAUGGGUCUGCUCUGAAUGUGGCUAAGUCUGGAUUCAACCCACUGAUGAAAAGCUCUGGGGUUUGCUCUACGGAGCUCAGUGUAGCCAAGAUGCCCCCCCCCCAUUGUGGUUUGGCUCGGCAAUAUAUGGUGGUUUCCAACAUCGCAAUAGAUCACCAGCUAAACAUCGCGAUAUACCGAUGUAUCACAAUGUCUGAAAUAAGGAUGGAGCUAUGUAAGGGCACUGGCUGGCUUCCACGAUUUUUCCUACAUUGUGAUUUUUGCAUAGCACACACAUCAUGAUUCGCAAUAUAUUGCCAGGUAAAAAAAUUAUGAAACCAGUAUCACAAUAUGGACUUCAAAGCGGUUUUGGAUAGUAUAUCAAUAUAUUGCACAGCCCUAUUUGGGGAAGGCAAAUGUGAGAGUAAUCGCCAGGGAGAGGUUGCUCCUUUCACAACAGAAGUUGCUCAGGAGCAGCAAAGUUUAAGGGGAUAAGUGAGUCACAAGUGACUUACAACCAAGUAAAAACUGCAAUAAUAAAACGGUUUGAACCCAUUUAAAACAGGCUAACCAAUACAAUAUCAUGGGCGCUAUUCCCCAAAUGCAGAGGAGACAAAAAACGCCUUUGUCUGGCAUCAAACAGAUGACCAGGUUGGCUCACCACACAACAGUGUGUAGAGUCCUGUUGCCACUCUCUGGACCUCCCUUGGAGAAGGCACACAGCAAAGGGUGAUGAUCUCAGGCUCCAGGCAGGUUCAUACAGGGGCAAGAUACAGUGGUACCUCAGUUGUCGAACAUAAUCCAUUCCGGAAGACCGUUCAACUUCUGAAACGUUCAACAACUGAGGCGCAAAGGGCGAUCAGCAAAGUCAAUGGAGAAAAAAUGAAAAAACGCAGCAGAUGCUGUUCAACUUCUGAGGCACGUUUGAAAACGGAAGCAAUUACGUCCGGGUUUUUAGCGUUCGGCUUCCGAGAUGCUCGAAAACUGAGGUACCACUGUAUUUCAAAACUAGCAGCAGGGAGGGAGAGCACAUUUGCAGGGACUAGUUAUUUGACUGAGUAAAGACCUAAUACUUCCCCACCUAUUCUCUCCCUAACCUUACAUUACAUAGAAUCAUAGAAGUGUGGUGUAUCUGAAGAAGUGUGCAUGCACACGGAAGCUCAUACCAAUAAUAAACUUAGUUGGUCUCUAAGGUGCUACUGGAUGGAAUUUUUUUAUUUUGUAUAGAAUUGUGGUGUUUGCCAAAUAAAAAUAAUAAUAAUAAUAAUAAUAAUAAUAAUAAUAAUAAUAAUAAAAUACUAGUUGGGAAUGAAGGUGGGCAGUUAUCAGCACCUUCAAAUGUAAAUUAAUUAAUUAAUUUUAUAAUGAAUGAUUUUAGAGUGUUGUUUGUGCUGUACUUUUGUACUGUUUUAUUGUUGUUAGCCGCCCUGAGCCCAGCUUCGGCUGGGGAGGGCGGGAUAUAAAUAAAAUUUAUUACUAUUAUUAUUAUUAUUAUUAUUAAAGUACCUCUCUCUCUUUCUCUCUCUCUGCUACCUGCUUCCCAAAAGCAUGGAGCAGGUUUAAAGAACGCAGAGCAAAGGCAAGUGAAUAGAGGCAAAAGCACUCACAGCUAACAGCAACCUCCACAUUCUGGCAUUCUAAGGUCUAUGUUGCCACCCUGUGGAAUUCAGAGGGAAAAAGAUGCAGAGGAGAACCUCAUUGACAGCGACAGAGAACUUCCGCAGGAACAGGACCACCGAUCAGUGGCCCUGACUAUGCCCUGCCCUCCUCUCCUCUUAGCAGUGGGGGAUAAAGGGCAUCCAAGAAGCUUACUAGACUACAAUAUGGCGGCAUCAUCUUGAACCACUCCCAAUGCAAACCCCCAGCUCCAUCUUGGUGCUACUUGGCUGCUGUUGCUACAACAAUAAUCUGAGUACAACAAUAAUCUUUGCACAAGGUUGAGCCUCAAGAGUGGCAUAUUUUGAACCAAUCUGUCCAAAAUUUGCUACCCAUAAAUUUCGCCCCAAUUCUCUGGCUAUAGUGGAACAUUAAGCCCAACUUUGGAUUAGCCCAGAUUGGGCAAAUAUUUUUUUUCUGAUUUCCUAAGCAAAACAAAAUUGCCGUUUUUUAUCUUUUUUAAAAGGAAAAUAGGCAAAAACACUACCGACAUGGGUUGCCAUAAGUUCGGAUAUGCCAAUUUCUGCCGGGGCACUGCUUCUGACAGCAGUAUUCUGGGUAUGUCCAGGAAAUUCCAGAUGUAUGGCAAGCCUACCCAAGGCUUCGGGGGCAUAGUAAACCCAUUCAGGACCAGGGAGUCUCCCACACGUGCCCGCCCCGUCCCCCCAAAAUGGUACUUCUGUCUUGUCAGGAUUCAACCUCAAUCUGCUAGUUGCCAUUAUCAGAUCCCAUAGCCCAGAACCUACCAGCGUUGUUGUUAGAUACCAUUCAGAAAAAAAAAUCAGAUGCCAACUGGAACAUCAAUGUUGAUUUUAGAUGCACAACAUUAGGUGCACAACAACAACUACUCAUGGGAAGACUCGUAUUCAGAUCCGAAAGGUCCUCUUCUGUGGAUACAGUAAGUCUUCUUGGCAGAAGUUCCUUUGGUCAGCGAAGGGAAACCUUUAGUUCCAGCCUAAAUCACUGUAACCUAGGGAUGGGGAAUCUGUGCUUCUCCCAGAUACUGAUGCUGAGUUGGAGUUCAACAACCUCAGUCAGCCCGGCUUCAGAUAGCCAGGGAUGAUGGGAGCUGGAGUCCAGCGACAUUUGGAGGGCAGCAAGUUCACCGCCUCUACGGUAACCUGUUGAACAGAUGCACGCCUGUUUCGCAAACAUACAAUGGCUGAAGUGUGCCUUCCAUUAAAGUCAAUAUUCAAAAUAAUGCACCUCGGUGGCUCUGUUCUUCUCCUGCUGCAGUUAUUUGAACGGCUUCCGGAGCUUGUAUACUCAGGUGAGGGCAGCAGGUGUUGAAUGCCCUCUUAAAAUGUAAAUAUUUCACACUAGGUACUUUUAUCCAUGUCUACAUAUUUUCACCUCGCCGUGAAGGAUGAAGGAACAUUACAUGCAUUUAAAAAACUUUUGAGAAGAGAAACUGCUUCCCAUGUGUUCAAAUCUCUUGGUCAAAGCACAAAGCAAGCCAGCAAAAUACACACAGCUCUAUUCUUUGGAGCAAAAUAAUAAAUAGCCACCCUGUUGACACACAGGCAGUUGGAUCACUCUCCAGCCCCGCAGAGGGUCCUGAUGGAUAUCCCUAGCAUGGCUCCACAGCCCAGACUAAAUAGCUUCCUGCUGAUAGAUACAGCAUUCCCCUUAUGUUAUACCCUGCAGCGGGCAAGGUCACAAAUAAUGAUAUGCGCUAGGAAACAUCAGCAAGCCAUCAGGCAUCUGAAAGGACAAACGAGACAGAAGUUCCACAUUGUUAUGUCAAGGUGGUUGUAAAUUCCUCAUCAAAAGAGGCGUUGGAUCCAGAGUCUUUAAAGGAUGCAAUGACUGCACUGUUCCUAAAGUAACAUAGGCUGGAUCAAGGAGGUGUUAAUAACUAUAUGUCGGAUUCAAAAGAAAAUCCCUUCCUUGGCAAGAUGUUUGAGUGGGUGGUUGCUCAGCUCAUGACUCUCUGCGGACAACACUGAUUUACUAGAUCCGCUUCAGUGGGCUUGAGGCCUGGUUGCGGAACGGAAACUGAUUUUGUUGCCCUGUGGGAUCACCUCUGCUGAGACACAGAUGGGUGUGUGUGACACACUGUCAGUUUUCUUCAAUCCUUUUGACUCCAUCAACCAUGGUAUCCUGCUGAAUAGGCUGUCUGGGUUGGAGGGAACAGACUGCACUGACUUGGGUGCUUCAGUCUUUGCACAAAGUUCUCCUUUGCCGGUUUGGAUUGCUAAAUUGUUUUAGCAGCUAUGGUUUGUGCGUUUUAUAGGUGGGUUUGUUUGGAGGGGGGCGUUCGCUGGCCUUUUUGCUGUUGUAAGUUUCCUUGGUUUAGGUGUUUCACGAGGAAUUCUGUGUGUGUGUGUGUGUGUGUGUGUGUGCGCGCGCGCUUACAGGGGGGUGAGCAUUUUGCACAGGGCUUCCAUUCCUGGCCCCCAUGCACAACAGUAGAGUAUGCAUAAGCCGCCCCCUCCUCCGGGUCCAAAAGGACCUGUGCAUCGGCUGUCACACGUCAACUGAAUGCAGGCAAAAUGGUUACCACCUGUACAUCAUAAUAAUAAUACAUGCCAAGUUCACAGAGGUUGCGUCUUAAAAGAGAGAGAGACUAUAGAAGAAUGGAUGUAGCUCGAUCUUACACAGCUUUGCUAGUUUUCAAAUUCUGAGUGGAUUUGCACCUUUUGCCCAAGUUAUGCAUCAUCUGAAUAUUCGUAUUUAUCAAGGGCAGAAGUACAGAUUGCUUUACCUUUCAAGCUGUUUCAGUACUACCAACCACUAUCUUAAGAGAAUUAUUGAGGGCAAUAAACUCGUCAGAAGACAAGGUUUUCCAGCACUUCAGAUUCCCCAAACAGAAGUGUUUGGCCAUCCUCGCACGUCCUUACAACACAUAUUACAAACAAAAUGGCUUUAAACGACGGGCCAGAUGUAGACACGGGAAAGCACCAAUACUGGUAAAAAGCAGAAACAUUCAGUGCAAAGUUCACUUCGUUGGAUCUAAGACAUUUCAAAUUAAGCAUGUUCCUGAAGAACAUCGUAAAAACAACCAGCCUUAAUCUUUAGUCUCCAGCAACUCUGCUGCCAAACAGUCCAAGCUACUUUACAGCAGAAUCACCAGAGACCGAAUAGCAAGAUUGGUUGUUUAAAAUGUACCUCUGAACAUACUAAUUUGAAACACGUAGAGCCUGCAUCUAGCAGCUCCCUUUCCUCUUUUCCUUGCAUAGGAAGUCUCCACAGAUACUCCAAGGACUUCUGAGGGGGCAGAACACCUCUGUACGCUGCGGUCAAAGAGACACACUGCAUGAUCCUUGUCAGUGAAGGCUAAGUCACUUAGUGUCUGGGUUCUGUCUCGACUGUAGCUGUGUCCCCCAAAUGCUAUACUUUGCUUUUUCAUUAAGGGAGCGGGUAGUGCCAUGCUCUAAACCACUAAGCCUCUUGGGCUUGUCGAUCAGAAGGUCGGCGGUUUGAAUCCCUGCAAUGGAGUGAGCUCCUAUUGCUCUGUCCCAGCUCCUGCCAACCUAGCAGUUCGAAAGCAUACCAGUGCAGGCAGGUAAAUAGGUACCGCCGUGGCGUGAAGGUAAACGGCAUUUCCAUGCGCUCUGGUUUCCAUCAUGGUGUCCCGUUGCGCCAGAAGCGGUUUAGUCCUGCUGGCCACAUGUCCCGGGAAGCUGUCUGUGGACAAACGGUGGCUCCCUCGGCCUGAAAGCGAGUUGAGCACCACAAUCCCAUAGUCACCAUUGACUGGACUUAACCGUCCAUGGGUCCUUUACCUUUAUCUUUUCAUUCCUAAGAGGUGGGGAAGUCUGUGGGGUACAUCUGUUUACUGACUCAUCUAACCCCAGACAUUGAGAAUCAAGCCUGCUCUGAUCUACCCUGGGUUCAGAUCCUUGAUCACACAAGUGCGGUGGAAUGUUAAGAAUUCAGAUAAAUCUGCUAGGAAUAUGAGAACUCACCACCACACAAAUCUAUAUAUAUCUACUACAGCACGAUAUUGUGAGUCUAGAUUCCAACAUUUAAAGAUACUUCUUAAACAAGUUCCCACUUCUGGGUCUUCCAGUGAGUUAUUGUCCUCAUCUAUAGACUCAAUCCCUUCAUUCUUUUCUUAUUAUGGGUUGGAGGAGACUGUCAACACUUAAUCCUGUUUCAAGCUGGAAAGGAUGGACUGUGCUGAAUUGUGUCAAGCAAACAGAGUUUCACACCGCAAAUACAAAUAAUUGUGGAAUAACAUUAUUUUGCUGCUGGCUGUGCUGAAAAACCAGCUUCUCACAGACAUCUCUGCAUGGCGUCCGUGGCGCUAACCACUGAAAUGUAGACACUUUGGAAAGAGACAGCUGAGCAGCCAGUGUAUCCAUAAAUGAGAGAUUAAGGCAAACGCGGACCAAAUUCAGCACCAGCGCGACUCCUUUUGUAAAUAUAUCUGAAACCACUGUCAGUGCCAUGGAAAAACAGCAACAGAUGUGGAAAGCUAGGAAAAGUGUUAAUGUACCCAAAAUAAAGGAGACACAGAUGUACUAACAGUGGGCGAUGUGUGUGUUUCUGCUCUGUGCCAAAUCCACCAAACACAUCGAGUUCCCCAGCUGUGGGCCCACACACAUUGCUCCAGAUGUAGAGAUUGAAGCAACCUCUCGCACAGGCAGGAGCAUCCAGGUCACGACCCACAGAGGCUCAAGAAAACUGUCACCCAAUGUCAGUAUGCUGACUUUAUGCAAUGUCUGGACUGCAUCAGAGGUGUAGAAUUAAAAAAGGAGUACUGCAAGGUUGAAACCAAUGACUGGACAGCCAUGAAAACACAUGGGCUUAGAGCCAGUGAUAUCAGAAAGUUGCCAUGGGCACUUCAUAGUUAAAGGUUUUCCACUGCAAUCACGAAAUCUGAGGUUCCCGGUGAUCAAGCUGCACUACUGGUUUAUACACAUACUGUCCUAAUGCAUAUCCAGAAAACAUAUAGAGAUGGUUACCAUUGCAGGAAAGUAUACCUGAUGCAGUUCAGAAAAGCCCUACUAGACGACCAACAGCUGCCCUAAGCAAGGUGGUUUAUGGAUGCAAACAUGUUUUGGAUGUUCCAAGUCAAUUCACAUUGGAACAAAAUGGGCAAAACCAAGACCUGAUGUGUUUUGCAAUGCAAAUUCAUACCAAGCAGAAGAAACUACCGAUUGCAAAGAAUGACCACCCAGAUCCCUACCAGCAACACUUCCCCCAAAACUUCUAG